AUGGAAAAUUUAGCCUCAGGUCUGAAAGGACCAGAGUUGAAGCAGAGCAAUCUCGCCCUGCAGUGGAAGGCCCUUUUGGGUCACAUUGACACCCGAUUCCAAAAGCUCCAGGACCAGUUUGACUCGGAACGUAACUCGCUCCAGACCCGGUUCCAAGAGGUCCAAGACCAGUUUGACUUGGAACAGUACUUGCCACAGGCCCGAUACCAGGAGCUUGAGGACCGCGAGAAGGAAUUGGAAGAGAAAGUUUUCAACUUUCACUCGAAAAUGGAAUCCAAAGCCCAGGAAUUACAUGGAAUCGAGAGAUUGACAGAAGAGAAAAGAAAAGAGGUUGAUGUUACACAGAAACGACUAAUGGAAGUUGAGAAAUUGGUUAAAGAGAAGGAGACGAAGUGUGAUUUGAUCCAAAAAAGCAUCGAAGAGGGCACUGAGUAA